AUGUCUUCCACCGUGACAACGGCAUCACAACCAAGCCUACAUCUCCAAGGGGUGGAUUUCAAGACUAUCCCUAUCAUUGAUCUCUCCAAAUUGCACAGCUCCAACGUGGAAGAGCGGCGGGAAUUAGCACGGGAGAUCGACCAAGCCUGCACCAAAGUGGGAUUUUUCUACAUCAAGAACCAUGGCAUUUCAGAAGAGCUGAUUAAGAAGACCUACGAAGCCGCUCAUCGAUUCUUCGACCUCGCGGAAGGAGAAAAGAUGAAGGUCUACCUGGGAAACUCAAAGAACUUCCGCGGCUAUAGCCCUUUGUAUGGAGAGAGAUCGUCCAACCCCGACCUUGAAGAAGCCGCUCUGGAUAAACCCCCAGGAGCUCUAUCUGAAGCAUUCGACAUCGGGUACGAACUAUCCGGAGAUCUGCGAAAAGGCCCUGGUGAUCAGCUUCCUCGCGAUGACUUCGGGCUGCUCGGGGAAAAUCAGUGGCCAGAGGAGAGCCUCAUCCCGGGCUUUCGAGUAACGUAUCUGCGGUAUUUUGCCGAGGCCCUUGAGCUUGCGAGAGCGUUGAUGAGGAUCUUCGCUUUGGCGCUGGGUCAGAAGGAGGAUUUCUUCGACCCAAUGGUGAGGUUUCCGGGGGUGACGUCGAGAAUGUUGCACUAUCCGCCGCAGCCGGUCCAGGGACAAGAGAUACCGGGGUUAGCGGCUCAUACGGACUACGAAUGCUUUACAAUCCUGGCACAGGACAGUGUGCCAGCUUUACAGGUUUUAAACAACCGUGGUGAAUGGGUUCUCGCUCCACCCAUUCCGGGAACCUUGAUAGUGAAUAUAUCGGACACCUUUUCUUUUUGGAGUAACAAAAGAUUCAAGUCCACCAUUCAUCGGGUGGCCAACUUGUCUGGAGAAGAACGGUACUCAAUACCUUUCUUCUUUGGCGUGGAUUACAACAGUACUAUUUCCGUCUUGGAAAACCAAGUCUCCGAGGAUAACCCUCCCUGCAAGGAGCCAUUCAAAGCGGGCGAGUAUGUGCGCUGGAAAUUGUCCAAAGCGUAUAUCGGAUAUGGUGGCGAGCCUGCAGGUAAGAGCAGCGAUGCUUGA